AUGAUUAAAGAAGUGUGUGCAGAGUUUGAUGCUAAGGCUUUCCUUGCCGAACUCAUAGGUACACUUAUAUUUGUUUUUCUUGGCUUGGGGUCAGCUCUUCGUUGGCUAGUCGCCCUUCCAAGUGUUUUACAAAUUGCUUUAACUUUUGGACUGGGAAUAGGUACCCUAGUACAGUCCUUAGGACAUAUAAGUGGUGCCCAUCUGAACCCUGCGGUUACAAUAGCAUUCCUAGUUGGUGCACAAAUUUCCAUCAUACAGGCAACUUGUUAUAUACUUGCUCAGUUAAUUGGAGCCGUGGUUGGAUCAGCCUUAUUGUAUGAGUUUGCCGCCCCUGAAACAAGAGGAAGCUUUGGCGUAAACAUGCCAAGUAAUGGGGCAACUUCUGGACAAGCACUUGCAAUAGAGAUUUUUCUCACAUUCCAAUUGGUUCUUUGCAUUUUUGCCUCAACGGAUGGUCGCAGAAAUGACAAUAUUGGAUCUCCAGCAAUAUCCAUCGGAUUUUCAGUUACUUUAGGACACUUACUUGGGAUCUAUUACACUGGAUGUUCAAUGAACCCUGCCCGGUCAUUUGGUCCUGCAUUGAUUACAGGAAACUUUACCUAUCAUUGGAUUUUCUGGGUAGGUCCCUUGACUGGUGCAGUCCUUGCCUGUCUGUGUUACAACUAUCUACUAAGUUUCGAUGAAAUGAGUUCUAGCGAAAGAUUAGAAAUUCUGCGAGGUUCUUUUGCCAAGGAAAAUGAAAAAGUUGAACGAAGAAGUCAAUCAGUCGAUCUCAACUCACUCUACAGUAUUCCGAAUAAUAAAGAAAAGAUUUAAAUCAA